UAAAACUAAAACCCAUUUUCUUCUACUUCUUCUACUCCUUCAAUUCAUCGAUUCUUCAACCCUGACAAUUAAAUAAACAAGACCUCUGAAAUCACCAUAUCUACCUUUGUCGUGCUCUGCGUUACCGAAACCUUGGCCAUGAGACGGUUCACUUUCCCCUGUCUUUUACGCCGCCGAAUCUCAGUUCUUCCCGGCGGCGGCUAUUUUCUUACCGCCGCACGUCUUUCUUCUUUGACCCCAAUAUCCACCACCAAGCCUGAGCUCUCACAACAACCGAUUACAUCUGUUAGUUUGGUGGACUCGAUUAAAUCUUCUCAGUGGCAUUUCGUCGAACAGGUCUCGAGCAAGCUUACACCUUCCCUUGUAUCAACAACUCUGCUCAGCCUCGUCAAGACUCCAGAUUUAGCUCUCAAUUUCGUCAACCGCAUCGAUCUUCGUCGCUUGGACUUCUCAACACAGUGCUUAGCGAUUGCUGUUGUCUCUAAGCUCUCUUCUCCUAAACCAGCUCUUCAGUUACUUAAAGCAAUCGUUACUAGUAGAAGUAGUGUUAGAGUCAUUCUCGAUGAAUUGGUGUUUGCUCGUGAACGAUUAGGGUCAAAAAGCACCAUACUUUUCGAUUUCUUGGUCAGAUGUUGCUGUGAAUUGAAGAUGGUGGAUGAAACAUUAGAGUGUUUUUACUUGAUGAAGGAGAAAGGUUUUGAUCCAAAGACUGAAACUUGUAAUAGCAUUCUUAGUUUGUUAUCAAGGUUGAAUCGAAUAGAGAGCGCUUGGGUCUUCUACGCUGAUAUGUAUAGGAUGGAGAUUAAGUCCAACAUAUACACUUACAACAUUAUGAUCAACGUGUUGUGUAAGGAAGGGAAGUUGAAAAAGGCUAAGGAAGUUUUAAGAAUCAUGGAGAGUUUUGGAGUCAAGCCUAAUAUUGUCACUUACAACACUCUUGUUCAAGGGUAUUCGUUAGAAGGACGAAUCGAAGGAGCUCGAAUGAUUAUCAAAGAGAUGAAAUCCAAAGGGUUUAAACCGGAUUUGCAGACAUAUAAUCCGAUUCUGUCUUGGAUGUGUAGUGAAGGAAGAGCCUCUGAGGUGUUGAAGGAGAUGAAGGAAUUGGGUUUGGUUCCAAACUCUGUUUCUUACAAUAUUUUGAUCCGUGGUUGUAGUAAUAAAGGGGAUUUGGAGACAGCUUUCGCUUACAGGGAUGAGAUGAUGAAAGAAGGUUUCACGCCAACGUUUUAUACUUACAACACGUUGAUUCAUGGUUUGUUUAUGGAGAACAAGAUCGAGGCCGCUGAGAUAUUGAUCAGAGAAAUUAGAGAGAAAGAAGAAGGAGAACGAAGGAGGCAGAUGAGUUGUUUGAGAAAGUUGUAAGCAAGGGAAUGGUGAAGCCUGACCUUGUGAUGAUCAACGCCUUGAUGGAUGGCCAUUGUUCUGCGGGGAACAUGGACCGUGCAUUUUCGCUUCUUAAGGAGAUGGAUGAGAUGAGAAUCGAUCCUGAUGAUGUGACAUACAAUUGCUUGAUGAAAGGGCUCUGUGGAGAAGGAAAAUUCGAGGAGGCUCGUGAGCUGAUGGGGGAGAUGAAGAGUAGAGGAAUCAAACCUGACCAUAUUAGUUACAACACUUUGAUUAGUGGGUAUAGUAAGAAAGGAGAUACAAAGCAGGCUUUCAUGGUUCGAGAUGAGAUGUUGAGUCUUGGGUUUAAUCCAACUCUUCUCACCUACAAUGCUCUGUUGAAGGGGUUGGGUAAAAACCAGGACGGAAAGCUCGCGGAAGAGCUGCUUAGGGAGAUGAAAAGCGACGGGAUUACUCCUAAUGACAGCACAUACUACUCUGUAGUUGAGGCAAUGUCUGGUACUUGAUUGAUCAUUUGGCAAAGCUAAAGACCAUAUUAAGCUUAGGCCAUGAUCUUCACCUAAGAGAUUGAUUCUCAGCUGCUGCCAUUAACUCAUCGAUAUCAUGACAGCUUUGAAUGAUCCUAAGCCACAUUCAAAGAAAUGAUGUAAGCGGAAAGUUCAUCUGUAGCCUAUGAUCUCUCGGUCACUCUACUAUCCUGUAAUUUUCAGACAACAUGAGAAUUAAAGAAAUAAUCCUGUUUUAAAAGUAAGGCUUUGAAUAAUUCGUGUAAUUGUAUGUUUUAUCUUUUCUGAACGAGCUCCAGUCCCAAUCUGUUUCCGCAAGGAUCAACGUUAAAG